AGUGUGUCUCUCUUCCAAGAGUGUGCUUCCACGAGGCGAUGUCUUCACCGCAUUGCGAGCUGAACACGUCCUCGUUUAUGGGACAGAUGGUGGCCCGAUACAGGGAGAGGAUGACCAUGGGCUUUCCCAUGACCAACGCCAUCAACCCAGAAACAUAUUCCACAAUACUCUCAGAGACGGCGGAAGAGGCGACAUCGAAAAGAUUCGCCCACUCCUUGACACAGCACGGCGGAGACAACGAAACAACAGUGGGUGCAGCCGAGCGCCGCGACACAGGCCUUGAUGCCAAACCCGCCAGGUCCCAGUCCAACUUGAGCCACAGCAGCUACUUCCCCAAACCCUCCAUGAAGGAGCUGAUAACGAAAUUUGAGAGGCGCUCUUUAACGGCCAAUCAGCUUAAAGAGAAUGGACCACGUGCCAAAGAGAGGAAACAGUUUCGGGAAAUCGGCCCGGCAGUUUGCGAAGAGGAGACGACGAAGCUGGAUUCACCGGAAAAGAAUGCGUCACUUCCGCCGAGCUACAAGACCACAUUGUCCCCGCUGGUUACUACUAGUCCGGUUAAAUUCGAACCCAAACCGGAGACGGUUGUGUGCGAGCCGAUGGAAAAUUUCCCAGAAGCGACGAAUGCUACCAAUAAUACAGCUGUAUCAAACACAGCGGAGAGAUCAGCGACGCCUUUAGGUCAAUAUGAGAGUCAAGAGGGAGUAAAGCCAUUAACACCUGUCGCAGAAUCUGGUCCCCACUGCGAGGAUCACGCUAGCGAUGAGCAGAACAGAGAGAUUGAGGUAAAAGUAGACUCUUCUGAUCUGUUGGAUGGCUGGGCAACCCCUUCUCAGAACCUGAUGACCGAGGUUGGGUCCGACACGCCUUCUCCGCUUAGAACCAGCUUACGAGGUAUCGCUCGCACAAAAAUGAGCCCCGUCAACGAGUCCAAAUUUGUUGUCCACAAGAAGGAUUGGAGCAAACGAUACGAUCCCAGACUGACCACAGCUAGCCUCGCGUAUUCUCCCUACACUGUACACGAGACCCUGUCCAAGACAAAAAGCGACGGGGGCCGAUCGGUGACCAAUGCGCCCUCCAACACUCUGCAGCGGGCAGAAAUACGUCGGACGCUUCACGAGCUGGACACGAAACACGAAAGUCAACAGAGUGCCAGCAGAAGUGACCUUCAGGGUAACGCCAUGGAGAGGUACAUGAACUUUUUAAAAAACACUCCUCCUCCGACACCUACUACAGGAGCAGACAAAACUGUCCUCACAGGGGGCUCGUGUCGCCCGCCAACGCCGCGCAGAUCUCAGAUAGUUAAUAAAAACAAAAAGAACCAACUGAAAUCUGUCCUGAACUCUGCCAAAGCCACCGGAUGUACGGUGGUGACUAACAAACUGAAGUCCACUUUGAAUAGAGACAAUAAAAGUGACGUUUUCAAGGCGAAGUCAGGGCUGGAUAAAAUGAAACCAAAGACCGGGGUUACCACUGUGAAAGUAACUAACCCAGAAGUAACCACAAAACCAAAACGGCUGGUCGACAAAAAGAAGAAGCUUCUGAAGAGCAAGGUCAAUAGCAGCUGUAAGGACACAAAAGUCGACCACAGCUGCGGCGAUGUUGGCGCCAUGCAUUCAACUGCUUCGACUAUUGGCUUUACUGCUGGAGAUGGACGUGGCAUGAGCAUCAAUGAUCAAAGAUCUACAACGUUAUCCGUCAGAGCUUCCAGAUCUUCGGCCAGCAAACUGCCGACCAAAAUACCUGCCGACAAGCUUAGCGUGAGUAAAUAUCAAAACAAGGCUAAAAAGAGAGAUGCUUUUACCACAAAACAGGCGUCUUCUGAUCAUGCUGAAGAUUUGACAAACGUGGAUAUCCAGAAGCACGAAUCUGUCUCUCCUACUGUUACUAAAUCGGCGCAGGGAACAUUCGUCGCACAGAACACCGCAAAGGAGGAAGUGCCCAAGAUCGGAGACAGCACCAGAAAGGAAGCUUCAGCAGAAAAGGCUGAAAAGCGGGCUACAUCAUCCCCGGCACGUUUAUCUAGCAGGUUAGGCAAGAGAGCCUUGCAAUCUCCGAAAGACAUCAGGAUAAAGCUGUUCCAAGGUUUGGACAAGGACCUCUCAGACUCGGAAGAUAAGCUCCUAAGUGACAGGGAGCUGGCAAAUAACGAUCUUAUUCCUCUCCAAGACGAUCAGGGAUUGCAUGAGGAUAAUCUAGCUAUUAAUCGAUUCGGAUUCCGAGCCAAGCAGUCUCCUGUAAAGGUUACUAGGCCGAUCCCUAGGCUGAGAAAUCAGUUCUUCGAAAGUGACCUCGACAAGCAGGAGCAAUAUCUGGCCGACCAUGACCUGGUCCAGCACGCCAUGAUGUCUCCUUGCUUUAUCCAGACCCACUCCCGCCAGAGAGAGAACUACCACGAUGACAGCGAAGGCACCACGCUCAGCCAGACAGACUGCGAAAGCGUGAGGUACGCGUUCAAGCACGACGUCAUGGAAUCGGCAGACUUCUGCCAUUCCGACAGCGGCGGCAACAAUGAAGACGCGAGGCCCAAGAAAUCCCUCAACACCAACUCCAACCUGGUCCCCGAGACCCUCUCUUCUCUGUCCCAAUACAAGGAUGUGGAUAAGAGCCCCAACGAAGAUCCAUUCAUUUUAACGAAUUUCGACAACCGCGGGAAAAGACAUCGGCUGGAAAUUGAACCUCCAAGACGUACAGUGCUGACAAAGGGAAGCCCAGUUCACAAAGGGAAACACAAAGCAGAAACAGGCCCCCAGGAAGACGAGAGUGUGAUGGAUAUUUACAGUUCCUUCACAAGAGACUGGACGAAUCAAUUCCUCAUAGCAGCUUCCAGGGGCAAUGACCAUGAUGACAGCCAAGAGGCAGGCAAUUCUUUCUCCAAGUACUACUAUGGUAACCCCUUGUACAAAGUGGCCCACAGUAGUGAUGAUGGUCAGAGCACGGCCACGAACUCUCCGGUCACAAAGAAACGUCACAUUGAGAAAAAGAAGAAGAAGAAAAAGAAGCGAAAAGAGGAGAGUGUAGAUAAGUCAGAGGUGUCCCUAAGUCAGGUGGACAUGGGGAAAGUUCCUCAUUUGAAAGAGAAGAGAGAUGGGUCGGCCAGAAUUUUUAAGCAGGCGGAUUUAUUACGAGUGAAAGAACAUCCGGGUCAGUCCUCGGAGUACCCAGAACCACACAGACAUAAUGAACUGCCCAAAUCACUGGACCAUGCUAAACACCAAGAUUUCUACAGGCAUCGUCAGUCGGGCAGACGGUCAAUCGACCAGACGAAAGCCCAAGAGAUACCAGCAAUCCCAGAGGAUCUCAAAUAUCAGGAAACUUCCAAGUCGGAUAUAAUUACACCUUCACUCUCUUACUACGAGUCACCUAAAGCUGUUAUCAGCUGUCUCGUCAUGUACAAGCCUGUACAGCCAGUUUCAUCAGUAGCUUCAUGGAAAUUUGGGAAAAAAUCUUACAUACCUGUCAUAACCUAUAGCAAAGCUCCUAGCAAGCGCAAGUUUCAAAUCCUGCAGCAGAGGCGCCUCUGGGUGGAAGGUUACACAAACAAGUACCCCCCAAGUUGUCUACCUUUGUCCCAGAGCUUCAGGAAAACACUUUGGGCGUCGGUCCAAGAAGAAUAUGCGAUGCACAGUUGGUUCCCAAACGUCCCUGAUGGCUAUGACAGCUACAUCGUUGGCAACCAAGACCGUGAACUUAAGUUCAGGAUGGACAAUGGCCCGUUACUGGACACACGCCAGCUUCAUGUGAUCUGCUGGUCGAGGCAUGGGCAGCUGUUGAACGAAUGGGUCACUGGUCGAGUCACGGCGUGUUCCAGAAUCCCAAAGAACCGUCGUCUGAAGAAGUGCACUAGUAGGUCUUGCAGGAAAGGCAUCAAGGCGAGCAGACCGAGCCCGAAAAGGUAUGGCUUUACCCUUGUCAGGGGAAAUUGGCAUCGAGAACCAAGGGGCACACCACCGCACCACAUGCAUGCUGAUGCGUUUCACAACGACAAAGCGAUCUUCCCAGAAUGCAGCGGAAAACAGUUUCCAUAUCUUCUUCACAUAAGAGUUACCGGAUGUGGAAAUAACAUCCGGCAGAUUGUACAUACACUAUACAAAGACGCUCCAUUUAAUGGCAUACACUUGAGAUGUGUAGUGGGAAUGAAUGUUGUGAAGAAUGCAUCACAUUUACGCCAAAUGUCUCACCUGAUCGACUCAAUACAAAGUGGGUCAAUUUUGGGAACAUUUCGAAUCGCAGAGCUUAGUGCGGUAUAUUGGACUUUUUAUAGUGAAAUCAUUGGAUUAUUUCAUGCUCAUUAUAGCGUGUUGAUGACCAUGACAGCCACAACCAAAGUACACACAAGUAACAACGAUUUGGGUCAAGGAGAAGUUGAUUACUGGCUUUAUCAAAACGUCAACAACAAUUCCUACUAUUGUGAACUCGAUCCACUUUCAAACUUGAAGAGUUGUAAACAUCUCGGAUCAAGAAAAUAUCGCAGAUGUAGGACUAAAUCAAAUUUUCAUACAAGGUGGCGGGUCAGGAAAACUAGAUGCAUCUUAUCCCGGAAAUUGUCCUGGAAACAACAGCAAUCCACGAAAGCUGUUCAAGGGGAGUGUCUUCUGGCAGUGCUGCAAAGUCUGAUUGAACCUUCUCCUGACAUAGAAUGGCCGUGCCCUUCUGAAGUGAGCUCCUCUUUAACCAACUCCACUAAGUUUCCCCUCUUUGGGCGCAAUAACAACAGCAGGAGAGGAGACAGCGACUCACGACCCUGGCACCAGUCCGACUACAGCCAUUGCAGCAGCAAAGAGUUCCAGUCAGUCAUAGAUAACACAGUGGACAGUUCUAAUUUACAGGCGCGUCGAAAGAAUCGCGCACAGCGGCCAAAGCCUUGGAAGUUUCCCGCUGCGGUGGAACCCAGGAAAGAAUCAACACAUGUCGAUGCCCUUCAAACAGGCUUAGACAAAAACGUUUCAGGCAUCAAAAGUUCACUUCUGGGCCAAUUCAGUGGUGAUACAAAACACAUGUUUUACGACCGAAGGAAAUGUUCAGAAAUGAAAUCAAAGGAUGUCACUGAACAAUUUUUAUUUACCUCCCCAAAACAGUUUAAAUACUUAAAUUCCGAUUCAAACAGACCGGAAGUACUAGACCCUUCCUGCUAUGACACACAAAUUUCCGUUACAAAAGAGAGAGAGAGCACCGCCAAAGCAUCUGUGGCACAGGAACAUUUAAUGUCUCGCCAAUUACUCAACGAGGACGCUGUGAUUAUGUCCAAUAAAUUACAAGAUAUGAAAAGCAACGACAACUGCACUCUGACAGAGAGAAGUGUGCUGGAUACCGAUCAAGCGAACCAAAAGCGAGCGGGCAAGGUGUGGAAACGGCAGAGGUCUAAAGGCUUGUUGUUCAUCUCCGGAGACGCUACGGCCAUGUCCACUGCUGACCGCUUCAAGAGCAUUCCUUCCAAACUGGACGAGACGGAAACGUACUGGACUUCCCCGACGGCUAACGAAGAGACCACAGCAUCUUUUGCAAGGGAUAGAAAACUUCGGGCCACCAAAGGUUUCUGUUCGCGAAACCAAAUGGAGCCGAAAAUUAGCGUUGAACUGCAAAAGAAGGUGAAAGCUCUCGUGGAUUCAUACAAAGAGUUCCUGCAAGCCGAAACAGGCCAGAAACAGGCCACCAGCGAACUGGCCACCAAUAACAAUAAAAGUCUCCGACAUGAGGGGAGCGUCUGCGGCAGAACAAGACCUAGCAAGCUGGUACCAUUCUGUUCUAACUUCCAUAUACUUGACAGCAGUACAUGCAGAUCUUCUGCAGUUCCAGACAACAUAAGAGACUCGGGUUCAAUGCUGACGUCUAAAUGCGAUGAACUAAUGUGCAACACGACAGCCUGCGAUGAUGAUCAAAGCCCUUUCCAAGCCUGUAAGAAAAAGCAGCAUUCAAAACUGCCCAGAAGAUCAUCUUGCAAACGAACCAUCAAAGCCAACGAAUACCAAACGAAUGGCGCGAAGCCUCUAAAUGUAGAGAGAAAUAGUUUAUUCUUACAAGACGACCUGAAUAUGAACCUUAGCGUUGAAACUGAUGUUACUAAAAUUGAAGCUGCUCAUGUGCCACGGUGCUUUGGCCAAAAUAGCCAUGGGUCAACACACUUAUCUCCGCAAGCUGCUGCUUUGGAGAGGGAAAUGUUAGCCGGUUGUUUUAUUGAGAAAGAGGCCAAGAAAGAGAAUUUGUGUGCAAACGCAUGUCAUACGAACUUAUUUUACGAGCAAAGUGACAAAAUCAUUCAAGAGAAUCCAAGCCAUCAUUUAAACUCGACAAACUCAGGAUCGGCAGCAAGGCAAACCAAAGUCCCACCAGAGUCAGAGCAAAGAAAGAUGCUUCUCUUACACUACAACCAAGACAGAUGGCAAGAUACAAGUUUUCAACGCAAAGCCGUUGGCGUGAAGAAGAAAGCCAAUGCCGAAACAAACAGGGCGGCGGAAAGAAACGAAUGCAAUCUCAGUUCACUAACGAGACCGAGGCAAGGUCUAGUAAAAAAAGAGGAUCAUAGUGGCGGUCUGGCGAGCGUAAAUCUCCGCAAGCACGGAGAUUCGCAUUUAAAUUCAGAAGAUGGCUUGUACAAAGUCAACAGAAUCGGGUUUAUGGGCGACAAAAAUGGUGCUGGGGCAUUAAGACCCUCUACUGUGAAAUUUAAAGUCUAUCGGAAGAAGUCAACCUUAAAGUCGUUUAAAAAUAACAAUAAAGAAAGCAGCAGACGAUGUAGCCCGUUAAGUUCUGUACAGGUCGCGCCUGAAAGCGUAAACACGUCUUCUAGAACAAACAGGUUAUUAAGUAGGCCGUCGAGGUGGAAAAAUGAAAACCGUUUCAAUUGCUCUGUUAGUACGAAGAGAAAUAACUCAAUAAAUGUCAACAAUCCUAUAUAUUCCAGGUUUGCUUCCCCUUACAAUAUCUCCAAACGUCUAAAUGACAACAGCAAUAAGAGAACAAGUAACGUAGAUUCCAAUCAUUGGAACCAGUCAUGCAUUUCCAAACAAAGCCAAAUACCCUUUACGCGUAGUAAAAUACCAACUAGACAAGCUUACCUUCAAAAUACAAAAAAAUCAGCCAGAAAUGUGCAUAGUGAUUUUAAAUAUAAAGUCACACCGAGCAGACUGAUAACUGGCGACCGUGCUAAGCCUUCCUUUUCCCUCAAAUCCAAUGUUGUUCAAAGUGAAAGUAGACUGCCAACAGAACCUAAAAGUCCAAGCAAUAAGUUACCAACGAAUUUAGGCCAGCCGCACAAGGCGGCGACAAGCGCUUUCAAGUUUGGCGCCUGCGCAGCUCUAAGCCAAGCUCUACACCCUGUGAAAUCCUCCUGUGUUGCUGCCCAGAAAGUAGUACGUCUUCGGGCCGAUGGCUUUUUAGGACAAAACAGCGAAGCACAGGAAAAAGCCAGCACUGCGUCACAAAGCCGGUUGAAACAUUGCCCGGCUUCCGACCACGUAUCGCAGACCCGAAUAAACGGCCAAGACAAGACCGAGAAACGUUCCGAGGUUCCUUGUACGAAGAUCACCACGCACGCUGUGCAGAGUAACGCUGAGAAAACAUUAAACUAUCUAAAAGGUAGCUGCUCCAUAGAAAACGUGGAAAGUCUCUUGCUGGUAACCGCUUCGUCUCCCGCAAAGAAAACUGAGGAUGGUCGCUGGAAGAAAAGCACGACCAGCUCGGAGCAAGGAAGCUGGCUGUCUUCGAUGUCCUCAGUAUCGCGAUACUCGUCAACUAUUAGCUCCGAGACGUCUGCAGUGAGCGAGCGAACGAAUGGGUCUAGCCCCACGUCCCAGGUUUCUGUAGAGUUUGAGUCGGCUAUGCACUCGAAGACGAUAAGAGUGGACUCCGUUUCCAGCGUCUCGUCGAAGACCUCGAGCUGGAACGACACAUCAACCAGGGCGCCAAGCUUUGUGAUAAAAAAUCCUCGCCGUCGGAGCCGGAGAUUAAGAGAUGUACAUCACCUCACCCGUCGCCAUGUGGUCUUGACCUCAUCAGAAAGCAGCUGUCCGAUGUUCUCAGCGGGAAGCAACAUGUUCGCCUCACUCAACUGCCCGCAUGGGAGCGAAGACAACGUCUCCUCUCUGUCCACCAUGCGAAGCAUACCCGAACUGCCCUACAACUUUGUGAGCACCGACGACCUGAACCAAACUACAACUCGGGAUGACCAAAACAGCCAAACCAUGUUUCACGCCAAGCGAAAUGUCGCCAAAGGCAAAAGGGACUAUAACUUUUCAAACCGUCAACUGUGGCGGACAUCGUCCGAGCCGAACAUGACCACGAGCAGCAUGUCCAGGACGCUGACCAGAACGGCAAAGAGUUUUACUGUAGUCCUUUCCCAUAGCUCUUGGGAGACUGUAACCAACAGCACUCGCUAUUCCUCCUACAUUAGCUCUUCCUGCGAGACAUACACCACCUGUAACACCAACAGGCAAGCCAAAAAGAGAAAAAGCCAAACUUUGCUUGAGAAAAGUAUAAAGAAAGAAAGGAAGGAAUCGGGCCACAAAGACGGGAUAGUUCCAAUAAGCUUGAGAAGCGCAACGCGUAUGAAUAGUUCUCAGAAUAAGCCAGAAAACUCCAAAGGGAGAAUAAAAAAAAGUGCAAUCAUUUACAGCCCGAGAUCUGCAGCGGCAAAUGUGAGACACAAGGCUUUCAACUGUAAAAAAUAUACGACGUUUAAACCCAAAAAACCCGCGGCCUGCAUCGAAAAGGCGUCCGACUCCAGACAGACUCAUAAAGAAUCAGAUCGCAAAGUUAAAGCUGCACACAGUUCCGAUAAACCACAAGACACUGUCCAGCGUGAGAAGGCUGACGAGGCGUCUCCUCGGGUUUUCACUGGUUUUCAGUCCAUCUUAAAUUUCUGGGAGAGUCGAGAAGGCUUCGGCAUCGCCAAUGCUUUUCACAAAAUGUUUGGGGGUGUAAGGCAGACAUGGGACGGUGUUAAAAAAGAAACGGGAAAUUCAGUUUUGAAAGAAGUUGACUCUGACGUCACAACGUUUCACAGCGUCAGUGAGAGUCAGAAGAUGGAUCAGCUCCAAGUGGAUGAUUUGUUACCAAAGGCAAGCCAAAAAAGAUUAAUUUGGAAGCGCGACUUUGUUCUCCCGGCCCAUCACGUGACUAACACGAGCAAGAAGACACACAAAAAGAGCACCAGAAGCAAAGAUAUAGUUUUACCUCAAAGAGAUACACGAGAAAACAAGGUCCUCACUUUCAAUAGAGCAAAUACCAUCCACAGAUCCAAAGAUCGACACCGGAAAGAGACCCCAAGCCAAACUUGGUCAAAACAUGUUCCACGGAACCAUAACACACAAGAUAAGAAAGUCAUUGUUUUGCCUAUUAAAGUUCCCGGAAGCCACGGCUCCACGAAACCUAAAGACGAUUUUUCUUUGCGCGAUUCCUGGCGGGAAGUGGACUCUAUGUCCCCUAUCUAUAAAGACACGAUAGAACCUUCAGCAUUGCGCGAACACGUUAAGAUGACGAGAGAGACCAAGAGAAACGAGAAUGACCUACUCAACCAGAAUGACCUAGUCAACCAGAAUGACCUAGUCAACCAGAAUGACCUAGUCAUUUUCGACCAUGAAAAUAGCAUUUCAAACGUGAACACGGGGCAGCUAGAAAAAAGAAAGAAAAGAGAGACUCACCAGGACGCGAACGCUGAGGAAGAGAUAGAAUUAACUAAUGUUGCCCAAAACACGACCCAAGAGCCAUGCGAGUAUCAAGACAUGACGGUUUAUUCGUGCGUACAAGGGGACAGCCUAAAGCUAGACAAACACAUUUCGCCUGGGACCUGUGUUUUGAAUCUCGAACAAACUGACCAACAGACAAACACUAAUGACAAGCCCCCAGGGCGCAUGCGCUAUGUGGCUAGCGAAAAUAGGGAAGAAAUCCUGGCAUUGGCAUCAGCAAACUUGUCGAAAACAGCCAGUGAAAAGAGGUGCAGAUCACGCUCAUUGGUCCAUGGAGAUCAAAUUCCAGCCUUAGAUGUGGACAGAGAGACAUUUUUUCUCCGUAAUUUUUUACCCAGUAACCGUAGAGACAGUAAAAGCCUGAAGAGGCACGCUAGUCGACACUUUGGCUACUCGGAUCAUCCCCACGGGAACACCGACUCUCAUGCAGACAAGAAGCGGCUGAGGAGAACUACAAAAUAUAAACUAAACAGUACUUCGCAGUGCGACGCAAACAAGACUCUACAACAAAGAAACAACGACUCCUGUUUUGACGCCAGAAAUCUUGAGCUGACUGUUUUCCCUGGGAAAGGUUUGAAUGAGUUAUUUCAGUCUGGAGAGCCAAACGACGUCGACAAAAAUUCAUUGAAAUUGCCUUCGGAGGAGGCUAAGCUCAAGGCCAUCAUCAGCCCACUAACUGCAGGGAGAAAACCACCCAUUUGCAGUGCCCGUGCGAUGACAUGCUCUACCCACAAGCAACCGGACUCGCCUAUGAAGAUUUUGGAAGACUUUUCCAAACUAAAGUUUGGCGCAGGAAGCCAACACUUGAAGCUGAAAGAUCGGAGAACCGCAUGUUAUAACAAAAUCAGGUCCAAGCUAAAACAGCUGAUGUUGAACGCAGAGUCUCUGGGCGUGGUGGCCGAGUCAGGCAGUUCAGAAAAAGAUGCUUCGCAGAGAGCAGACACCGAUUCAAAACCCAUGCAAGGCGUGGAGCACCAAGGAAGACAACUCGUUAUUAACAAGAUUGGGCGCAUGCUUAGAAAACAGCAGAGUAAAAAACUGUGCUACCAUGGAGACGUCAACGUGAGUGUUGCUGGUGAUAGAAGAAUAAAUGCUUGGGGCAAGGGAAGCGACUCCACCCAACUUCUUCAAGCCUCGGAGCAAUCUAAGAUCACCAAAGCUGGCGAUCCGACGAAAGAAAAUCCAUCUUACGAAAGUUUCAUAUCCUUAUGUACAAACGAUGUGUUGUGUUUGUUUGACAAAAUGCAUUCUCAAAAUUUAGAGUCGGACUCUAAUCCGACCCAGGAAUGUGGCCCUGACAACUUUCUUUUGAAGAAUGCCGAACCAUUUAGAGAGACUUCUCUUUGUAGAGACGGCGUCGUAGUUUACUACAGCCCUAGGAACUUAUGCUGGCAGAAAUCGGAGAACAAAGUGGCCGGGAACUCAGAUGUAAUCAUUAAAUCUGAUUAUCUUUUAGAGAAACAAGGGACUUUAACAGAGAUUCCUGUUACGAUGGCUGGUUCUGAAAAACUUAACAACAGUAAUCGAACCUGUUGUGUGAAGGGAGAAGACUCAUCAAAAGAUGAUUUUCCAGACACGAGUUAUGUACCCUUAACGCAGGCAUCAACUAGUGAGAACUGUAACACGAAAAGAUUUAAUCACUUAAUAAUGGAGAAUCGAAAUGAAAAAUUCCAAGACAAGAGCCUUUUGGUGGAAGGUGAGUCAAAGCCUAUGAAAAGAUCAACGUCUGAAGUACCCUCAAGCGCUAGCACUCAGACAGAUGCCCCAUCAGGCGAAGCCAAAGUGGCCUGGUUAGCAGAUAUGUCUGUCCAGAGCACUACAGCAUCUCGCACAGAUGCGGAUUCUGGCCAGGUUAAGCUUGUCAACACAGCUUGUCAAUGCCCUAGCAAAGAGGAAAAACUCAAGGCAAAUCAUACUAGGCAAUUUCUGAGCUACACAGCAUCACACGCUGAUGCGGAAUCUGGCGAGGUUAAGAUUGUCACCACAGCUUGUCAAUGCCCUAGCAAAGAGGAAAGGCUCAACGCAAAUCCUACUAGCCAAUCGUUGAGCUACAAAGCUGAAGCCGAACUGAAGGACGGGUCUUGCCAGUGUCCCAGUAUGGAGCAAUUAUUCCCUCCAUUACUCAGAAUAUCUCGUUGCGCUUCACCCAAGGGACUUGCUGAAGGCAUGCUUGAUGACAAAGCCCCUCAGAAUCAUCCACGAACAGCAAGCCUUAACAAAUCUAAAUCCCCAAUGAAGGAAGCUACGCUCGAAAAAGCAAUGGAUCCACACGAUGUACUCGUUAAAGAUCUUUACGUUCUGCUACUCCAAAAGUUUACCUGUAACAAUGAUUUGAAAGCAACUCAUUCACAAUUACGUGGUCGAGAAAUUCAUUUACCAUUGAACAAAAAGGAUCCCGGUUACAGAGAAACGUUAAGGAACCUCUUCUCUGUUUUGAAAGAAAGUCUUACGAAACAGGACCUAGACUUUCGUUUAAAACAAGAAACGAACCCAUCUCCAUCAACUGAAAUACCUCCAGCGUCACUUGGCAAAGAAGAAAAUGGUCGACAAGCACUUAAACCAGUGACAGAGAAUUGUCAUGAGAAAACAAACUUGCAUUCAAAAUCUCCCAGAUCCAUGAACAAGGCUGCCGAAAAACAAGGUGAUCACAUCACUCCGAUAGCGAGAGAAAACAAAAUAGCAUCUCAGAUGAAAACUGAACCGUUUGAAAACGUGGAGAGAAUGUUCCAUCUAGACGACUCUACGAAUAAGGACUUGUGCUGCUCAGAGCAUUCAUUAGAAUCUUUGAAAGCAAAAGAAUUAACAUUUUUAAUGGAGUGCUUGGCCUCGUGGAAACAAGAAUCGGAACCUGACGAAAAUGUUUACUGUGGGAAAACAUUGAGAAAACACGAAAAAAGUCCACAAAAAUGUAUUACUUCCACUAAAAUCAGUUCAAUCAAAUCUAGCCCAAUAAACAAUAAAGCGAGUCUCAAAAUGGGGUCUAUACAAUCUAGCCCAGCGCAGAGCAAGGGGAGUCUCAAAAUCGGGUAUAUACAAUCUAGUCUAAUGCAGGCUAAAGCAGAUCUCAAAAUGGGGUCUAUAAAAUGUAGUCCAAUGCAGGCUAAAGCAGAUCUCAAAAUGGGGUCUAUAAAAUGUAGCCCAAUGCAGUCUAAGGCAAAUCUCAAAAUGGGGUCUAUAAAAUGUAGUCCAAUGCAGUCUAAGGAUCCCAAAAUGGGGUCUAUAAAAUGUAGCCCAAUGCAGUCUAAGGCUGAUCUCAAAAUAGGGUCUAUUAAACGUAGCCCAAUGCAGUCUAAGGCGGAUAUCAAAAUAGGGACUGUAAAAUCUAGUCCAAUGCAAAUUAACCCGAAGGAAAACGUUAGAAUCAACCAUUCAUUGACAACUACUGACAGGGCAGCAUCAAAAAACGCUCAAAUAACCAAAAGACAUCGCGAUACUUCAGAAUUAGCUAAUGCGAAGGAUUUCAUGGCACGCAAGCAGCCUCAGCAAGUGCUGGUAACAAUGAACCAGCAGCAGGAGUUAUCUGAAAAUGUGAAAGAGUCCCGUAGAAAUAUAUACGAGCCGCAGCUGAAGGUGGGGCUAAGCCCUAGAUAUCUUCAAGUGGAUACAUUGAAGAAAUCGACAAAGAAACCCGUGGAAAGAGCUUGUUUGAUGAAUCUUUUCCAUUCGUUUUCAGAGAAUUUGUCAGAAGGAACUCUAAGCGUUUGCAAGUCCAUUACGGAAUUGAGCGAAGCAGGCGGAACGAAAGCAGAAGAUGACAUUGAUGUGGAAUACGUCAUAUCUACCGGUCUAGAUUACAAUUCGGACAGCUCUGACAAGUCGGUCAGCGUAAGCAACGCCAUUUCUGCUACUCUGCAGCACAGUUCGAUCGGUUGCAGCACGCGUGCUCACUCAAUGGGCGAUGUGUAUUCCUUUAUCUCUGACACUCACAGACACAAUGGAGUGGCGUCCGGGACUACACGUGCUCUUAAGCGAAGUGAGGGGGCGCUACACCUUUUGCAGGCAGGUCAGGGUUUGGCAGCUAACAGACAAGACCAAUGCACAAUAAAUGAUCUCGCCAAGAAGGACUUUGAUUGCACAGCUAUGCCACUAGAAUGUACAGGCCAGGUCCGUAAAUAUUUACAAACCCAUCGACCAGGACACAAGAAAGAAACUGAAACUCGUUUCAACUCUUGUCUGCCGUCACAAAAGUUUAACAAACAAGUCACUCCAAAAGUCACCCAAAUGAAGCCAGACUUUUCGAAUAACCCAUCUUGUAUCGAAGAAACAGACGCGCAAAAACCCAACACCAGAAAGCAAGAGUAUUUGAUUCAAUCAAGCGAGAUGGACUCUUGUACAUCUUUGCCGCGAGAUCUAGAUUCUUGCAUAGACCAGACUGAGCUUAAACCACACACCGAAGGAGACUGCAUCGACGAAAUCACUUACGGUAAAGAUCAUCCUGACAUUUUUGCAGACCACUUUGUUAUGAACCGCAAUCGCUUUUUCAUGACUUCCACUUCCAUAUCCAGUGAACCAUUGACGCCAGCUAACGAAAACGUCACAGAGAAACACGACCAAGUCACGAAACAGCCAGGGAAGGAACUCAAAACCAAACGCAGAUCCCACUACACAUCGUCUCACUCGAGGCUGCUGGCUGUGGGAGACAGCCCUUCUUUUGUCAUAACUUGCAGCAAGCAAUGUCUCUCCACCACGGAGGAGUGCUUUGAAAAUAACACCCAGGGGAGUCUCGAACGUCAAAAGACUCAAUCAACACAGUUUGUGAAAGUUAACUUUGAAAGCUCGGCCAUCUCGAGAGUCCAUGGUUCUGAGGAGUUCUCAAAACUCAAGCCCAACGGAAUCAGGAUUCCAGGCAUGAGGAGAUCGAAGACCAGCGAUGAGCCACCAAAGCAUGAAAAGUUUGAGAGAUUGACUCCAGAGUUUGAAGUAGGGUCCGAUGAAAAGGCCUUCAAAGUGUACAGAAAAACAAAAAAGCGUAACGAUAGGAGAAUUCGCCCCCGACAAACCGACCAUUCCCACUACAAAUUAGAUAUAGAGAAAACAUUGAAUGAAGAUCAUCAGAAUGAAGUUAAGAGUGCCAAAAAGACGGCCAUUGAAGAAGUAGCUGAACACCACCCUGACAAACAGUCUCAUCCGAUUGAUGUUCACAUUUUGACCUUUGGAAGAUACAGAACUGAUCGGAUUGACGCACAGGAUGAGAGGAAAGGUCAAAAACCCAUACGUCACAUAGAGCUCAACAGUUCGGGGGAUAGAAGAAAAACUGCCAUUCUAGAAAUGCAGAAAUCCCAAGGGAUAAUUCCCCUAGUUGUAAAAAAAACGCACCGGGAGAAGCCUUUGAUAUUGGAGACGCCUUUCCCGAACAUGUCAAUACUAAGAGAAGACUGCUUGCCCAAAUCUUUUACUUCCAAACUUCCACAGUAUUCUAGCGCAGAACUAGAGCUUAGAUUCCAGGGAAUGUUAAAAUCGACCACCCGUUCUUCACGCAGGCACCAAGAGCUAUGCGCGUGGACUAUAUCGCCUAUAAAAAAGACACCAGGGUCCCUCCAGCAUCAGAAAAUCAUGUCCGUGUCUUCUGUUCCUGCCCGGCCCGUGGCCCACAAACCCUAUCUGUUUCAAAAAAUGUAUCUUCACAGAGAACGCAAAGGCCGUAGGCGAGCGCAUGUGGAAGGGCUAAGUCAUAAUGAAGUUCACGCAUCUCGAUCUAAGCUCAAUAAAAAGAGUCUUGGCACCCGGAGUUCAGCGCCGCCCUUGUUCCUUAAUAACUUUACAUUUGCGAAUAAUGCCACACUAAGACAUAAAGAGGCUGAUAUAGUAGCUGAGUUUGAUCUAAACAGUUCAAAUGUACAGGAACAUGUAUCCCAACCAGAGAGCAUGAACAAAUUGCGUGAUAGCAAAGAGCGAACCCUUUUUAGUACAGCCGCAGAGCCCAGGAGAAAAGAAUUUGAGAUUCGUUCCACGCAGAAAAUAGACAAAAAUAAGACUGAAGGAAAAAAAGACGCAGAUCAAGAAGUUGCAUCAAACGAAUGUAAAGAAACAUGUCUGCGAACAGGCGACAAACUUGAACAUAUGAGUGGCUCAGUAAAAAAGAAAACUGAUUCACCGUCUCUCAUCAAAGCUAAAGAAACACGAAAGAUUCCCUGCAAAGCUCACAGGCUGAAGAAAAAGAAGCCUCAAGGUGUUUCAGAAAUAAAGCUAGUUCCUGAAAUGGGAGAAAACUCAACGCUAGAUUCAGUGGGUCGCUAUCGAGAUGUUGAGAUCAUUUUGGGGAAAGAUAUUCCGUAUGAAGAGUUCGCCACCAGUUUCGUGUCUGGAAUUCACCAUCAGCUAAACCAUACCCAAGCUAGCGAGGAAGACCGGAACGAUCCUUUAAAAUGCGAAGUGCAGUUGGUUAUAGACAAAAUCUUCGGCAACGAGCCUGAUGUGAGGUUCCAGGACAAAGUUAAAUCGUUCGCGAAGGAGACGUCUCUUCACGUUCACGUUCCAAGCGGUAGGCCCAAGGAGGCACGUCAUGACGCCAAGUCUAGCAAAGCUUUGAUCAGCCAAGAUUACACAGUAGAGCUGAAUACGUGUAGUUCUCACGGUGGGCGCGAGGCAGGAUACCCCUUUCAAACACGCGGAUGCUCAAGGCUGAACCAAAAACAAACUUUCUGCAGACAGCCAAUAAGAAAUAGGGCACGGAAAGAAAAUGCCGAGAACUGCCAGGGUGACGGUCUCACCAAAACAGAAGGUUUAACCGAUAAACUCAUUUCCAGACACAUUCUGGGCGUUUCGGAAAGAAAUUCUCUGAACAAAGUCACUGAUUCGAUAGUGAACAAGACCCACAGGCUGCAAUGUCUAGAGAAACCCAACUGGCAGUCUGGCUACAAUACCGCCACAAAGUCCAUCAGCGACAGUGUGAUCUCUGUACCAUCGCCAACGCCGCACACGGCUCGUAAAGUACCACACCAUCACCUAAUUAACAAGCUUCACGUUAAGGACAAUAAAGAAAGAUAUGUGGCUUCCAGCAGCAAAACCAGCUUACGAAAAUCUCGUAAAGCUGUCCUCGCUGACGUAAACACCAAGAAAGACAUAAACCAGCCGGUGGGCUCAGUUGGUGGUCUAGGUGGUACAAAGUUCGGGCCCUUUCUCAGAAAAAUCCCUUUGGAACUCUUUACUAUUAGCAAACCGGAUAACUAUACACUAGAUAAAGUUACCAAAGUCAACAAUACUUUGGCAAACAUCAUAUCGUCUCCCUUUUGUGUGCGAAAUAGAAUCAAUAAUGAGAAAGAUUUUGAACCUAAUGACCAGGUAAAAUUGGUGGAUAAGCAAGUUGCUGGUGCAAUGUCAAAACCUGAGGCUCAUCCGACUAAACCGUUGUUAACCAAAGCUUCAACCCUGAGCCGACACGAAAAAAUGCCUGAAGAUAAAUCUAAAAAUAUUUCGGAUGGUAAAGCUCACACCACGAACGACCAAUGCCAACGAGCCAACCAGAUGAAAAAUAAGCGACCAGGUAACAGUCAUCAUAGCUCUUUAGCAGUCAAAAGUAGCAAACGUCUUUACGAUGUUUUGUUGGAAAAGGAGCGAGAACGUUUCGAGCCUGAGAUCGUGCCUUCUGCGAAGGUUCUAGAGAAGAAGCAACCAGUCAAAACAUUCAACAGUAGAAACGAGCGAAUUUGUAGGAAAAACCCGGAGGAGAUUUCAAAGCCCGAAGUAUUAGUCAGUCAAAGGUACGUACCAAACUUAAUACCUUUUGCGGAGAGCACCACAAGCUCUGAUAAAACUACCACUGUGGACUCCCGAACACAAGCUGCCUCAUCAGAGCUGCCCUCGUUAAUCGAAACACAAAUGAAGCAAGAGUUACCCAUCUGUGGACGUACGUCGGAGUUCAAAGGUCUCAGCGAAGAGAAUACUGUUUGCAAUGUUGGUGACAGCUAUGACGGUAGCGUAGAAACAACCCAAGAAGAGCACAUACCAAAAACCUCAGAUGUCGGCAAUCUUUGUUCUUUACAAAAGCAGCAUCGAGAAGACCAGGUUCUUCCCGAACAAGGAAGAUCAGCACUAUCCCCACUUCCUCCUGAUAAAGUUAGCCAGAUCACUCAAAUCAUUCAAGAUAUCAUACACAAGAAUCUCCUUAAACAAAACUUGAGUGAAAUACCCAAGCCUGAAGGACCAGCUGCUCCACAGGUUUCGGCUGGUGGCCCAACGCUAGCCAAGGAUUCAGAAGAAAAAACAGAUUCUCACCUUGCUUGUACAAUCUCCAUUCCGCCAAUAUUCAGCGAAAGUUUGCAGCACAAAUCGGAAACCAAGACCAACACAAACAUAGACGUGCAGGAGGUCUCAUCGAAAAAAACGUCCACAUUGUCUGAUGCAGUGUCACAAAUGCACAGCAAAACUCUUGACAAUGCUUUAGUUCCGCCAGAUCCAACUCAUACACGUGGAUCAGAUAAAGAUGCAGUCCAACUAAAGCAUUCUCUAGGAAAAGGUAACAGUUUACAAGAAUCAUCAGAAAAAGAUAGCAUUACCAAAGAAAAGCCGUCCGGAAAAUGUCUACAGUUGUCGGACGUAAACAAAGUCGCCUAUGAUCCACAUAAAGAGACACACACGACACAAGAAGCUACGACUGAACUUAAAGAUACGCCUUCCAGUGACGGGACUUCCAAUGAGAUGGCCGAGGAUCAAACCCCAACCCAAAGCAAUAGUUUGAAGUUGCAAGACAAGACUCCAGCUUGUAGUAAAGAUGCAAAGGAGACUGAGUAUUGUACCGUUUCAUCCCAGUGUGAGACUUGUCACGUCAUCAUGACAGAGGAGCCGGAUAAUUCAGAAAUACAAAUACCGAGAGAGUUUAAACUGAAGGCGCCUUGCUCAUUUUACACUGAAGCUAGCAACGUGAGUGUCACGCUUGACCCAUUCAACAAGAGCGGGGAGCAGAAAAAGUAUGUCAUGCUGACCGUGCCGCGAGUGGGCGCUGCGCCCCAGUACGACCUGAUCGUCGAAGCAAACACUGACGACGAGGGCCCUCCCAAAAUUGUAGCGGAAAAUGGCUACGUCAGUGUAAGCUUUGGUAGAGUCACUCCCUGUGAGGUUGCUGAAGAAGAGUCAGCUCUAGAGGAAAACGACACGCCCGUGAUGGGGAACUCAAACGUUGCGGAGUCAACAGUAGAAGAGCAGUUAGCAGAGUCACCCAAAGCUCAAUCAGAUAUUGAUGACAACACCGCUCCGCGGUUAUUUUUAGGCUCUUGUCCAGGACCGAAAGAAAGCCCAGACGUACCUGCAAGGUCUCUGUACACUAAUCUGAAUGAAAAUUUACACUUCCACAAACUCCCUGGGAGUCCGGAAACCUUGUACACUCCUCAAUCAUCAACCCCUAUAUUUGAAAAGCUCAAGGGAACUCAUCAUUCGAAGCCCUCUCACGUGAGCCCCUUACGAGCCAACACCACAUACACUGGUUUCACAACAAAUGCCGCUGAAAUGGAAACAGAUUAUACUUAUAAUAUAAAUACCCCGAGACGCGACUCGUACGCGACAAGUGUUGCUCGACAAAGUGAUUCGCCAUCUCCCUACAGCACUUUCAAAUAUGAGGAACAUUAUAAGCCGAGAUCCAGCAGGUUCAACGACACCCAGCCUCUUACGCCUUUGAAGACAACGUCCCUGCUUCAAAGUGAACCGACAGGACUGCGAAGCUUUUUACAAAGACAAGACGAGUGGUUUAAUUCAAUGGGAGUCCCAGAGUCCUCCACAAAAUGGCAUUCACAGACAGAAGCUAAUGAGACUCAAUUUGCGAAAGACUCUUCUGUACUUCAAGAUCGUAACAACGUGACUGAACAAGGGCCUGGAAGGCAGAAAACAAAAGACAUUUUAAUUGAAAGAUCUGGAACGACCAGCACUGCAGACGACAGAAGCAGACCAGUGGAUGGCAGCAGUAUCAGAGGUAGACCAAUGAACGAUGAAGUGAACAAAUCUAUUUACGACGACCAUGCUAUCAGAAAGAAAUGUUCAGAUCCCGACAUGAGUCGAACCCAAGCUGCACCUUCGGGAUUAAGCCGACUUUACGUCAGAGAAACAGGAAAGGAUAAUUUAAGCUAUAUAGGCAUCUCCCGGGGGGAGACGAGAGACAAUAUUGACACAGCCCCGUCCAGACACAGCCCCCUGUUGAGAACUACUGACAUCGACAGAGGACAGUUUAAUACUGCUCUAGACAGUUCAAAUAUCAGAGGUAUUGUCCACGAGAUCGAUCGAACCUUUCAAAGAAACAUUCCCGAAAGAGCCGCUUUUGUAAGAGAGUCAGCUCUCGGCAGAGGCCGCAUGAAAGAUGGCAGCUUUGUCAGAGCUUACCUCAACGACAAAGAUAGCCUCCAAAACAAAGGUAUUACUCGGGCACACACAAGAAAUGUUGAAGGAACAUAUGUCAGAGAUAAUACUAUUGAUAACUCCCAAAUUAGAGACAUGGGUAAAGAAAGCAUACUAGAAAGAAAUUCUAUCAUCGACAGAGCUCAGCCUCGAGAGCUGGGUCUAACUAAAACCUUUGUGCGAGAUGCAGCUAUUGACAGAAACUAUUUGACUUGUACUGCUGUAGAUAGGUCGAUAGUUUCAGAAAAUCAUCAGGCCAGACUAGGCACUACUGUUAAUGAUGUAAACAAUAUUUAUAUAAGGGAGCCCGAUACUAUAAAGCCCACUGCAAGUUACUUGUCUGGCACUGGGAGAUACCCAUUGUCCACUUCCCCAGACCAAUCGACCUUUACAAGUCGAUCCAAUUAUUUAUCGACUGGGACUAUACAAGCAAGCAGUCAACAGAUGUCAGGUAGCGGUCAGACAGAUAAUGCCCAUCCAUCUUUACCAAGCCAAGAGACUCCAUUGAAAUAUUCUUUGGCCAUUCGGAUCAAUGCCCCAACAAAAUUUCAAUCUCAUCUCCAACGAGAAGUUUUAGCCGAACCGUUCAGAUCUAGUUCUGUAGAUUCAGACAUUCAAUUGAAGCCUCAGUACCCCCUGAAGAGUUUUGAUCCGCGCACCAAUAAGCACGAGUUUUGGAAACGGCCUUUUGCAAAAAACGAAUUAUCUAGCCAUGAUAAAUUCAUCCCGAAAAAACGUUUUACGGAAAUCUUUAGUGGAGAUUCGGUAACUGUCAAUACCGCGUCUAAGACUGGAAUACCUAAAAAUAUCCCAGAUUAUCAGGCUUUCAGUGCAAAUCGAGAAAAUAGCAGCCCAGAAGACUCGAGAAUACGCGAUCGUGGCCGGCAGUUCGCUACUCUGCAAUCACGUGACAAGAGAGGUCGCCGAUUGUACAACGAAUCAUCUCUGUCUGAUGACUGUUCGGAGCUGGAGUCCCCGAAUCGAAGACUUGAGAUUAUCGGUGCAGCAACAAAAGGGUUUAAUCGAGCAUGGGCGGGGAAAAGCCUAACAGAGAAGCGAGUAGUUAAAAGAGACUCAUCUGGAGAAAGCACUGCAUCCGAGGAUAAUCUUUCUUAUGAUUCCGUCUCGUUGAAUCAGAAGUCCUCUGAAGAUUUUUUCAGGCAAAAGAAGGUAUCGAGUGAAACUGACGACAUUCUCUCGGACGGUUUCAAUCAAGGACGCAUUUCCCUCAAGGAGAAAGAGCAUCGCGUGUUGUCGAGGCUUGUAGGAUCAAACGUUAGUCAUCAGGUUGGGGCGCAUCGGAGCUCAAGUCAAACAGAAAAGUUUUCGGCCUCAUCUCGUCCUGUGUCGAGCCCGGACCCCUCUCGACAUUUUUUCGAGAGACCAAAAGAUUUCCAUGCUGCAGGUGAAGAGGCCAAUAAAAUAACGUUCAAUGAGAGAGCCCACUUUGGCGCUGCUAAAGGAAAUGAGACUCGAAGCAUAUCUAGAGAAUUUUCAGACUCGGAAGUAUCGUCCCCAGAUAAGGCUUAUUUUGUGAGGAAGCCGUAUCUGAAACGUCUUGAACGAACAUCUUAUCGGGACACAGCUUUGAAUCGCAUUCCUUACCAUGACAAUCUGCACGUAGACUCUGAAAGGAUUGCCCGAGAAAGUCGUUACAAUGAUGUUGAGAACAAGACAGAAAAGCAAACUUCUCACAUGCCUUUAUCCGAUUACUCUUCUGAAGACAUGUCGCCUAGAACUUAUCCUAAGCAGAGGUACCAACUCACUACUACCACAGAGAAGAAUGCCAACCAAUCAGACAGUGAAGAUAACAUUUCAUCUGACAGUGAGAAAGCGUCUUCAGAGAACUCAGAGGUUGAUCUACGGUCACGGUUUUCGCCGACCCGCAUCGGUGUCAGAGCCAUUGACUGUCCGCUAAACACUUUAAUUCACCAGAGAGAUUCUCCAACGUAUAACAGUUAUGGGCGUUCGGAAGUUUCCACAAAUGCUUCUUACAAGAUUGGCAAAUCUCGCGACACAGCGUCUCCGAGCCCUAACGGCAGUGAUGGAAACGCCUCGAGUCCGAGGCGAACCCCUCACAGCAGUCUUGCCAGCAGCAAAAGCCCUCGGGCCGGGCUCUAUCGAGUGAGGUUCUCGGACGAAGUCCAGCAGUUCGACAUCCCCCAUGUGAACAAAGAAUACAGCAGAAUGAAAAGGAGAGCACCACAUUCAAGGUGCUUUGAAGAGAAACACUUCAAUCAUAGACCUGAGGCAAGGCUAGACACUCGAGAUUUAUCCCACAGCCAUAACGAGGAAUCGCCAGAUGAACAGCCCCCGGAGUGCUCUGAUAAAGAUAAUGCUCCCUUAAAGACUUGGCAUCCUAACCCACCCAUCACUAAAAUACCGGACCCUAACACAGAAGAUAAAGACCCUAGCCAUUUUCAGGAACCUGAGGAGGGUAAUGGGGAGUCUACAGAAACACGCGCCCCAUCAAAUAAAACGAUGAAAAAACGCCAUUCCAGCCUGCACCGGGAAAAGGGGGAAAGCACCUCCCAGGGUCACGAUUGGGUGGACUCGGGAUACAGUACCAUUAGCACGCCGAACGAUUUCUCUGGAAUUUCCGAGUGGGACAUUGCUAUUCAGAAAAAAUUGGAGAUGCGUCGAGAGCAGUUAAAAACAAAACCCUCACAAACCUUAUCGACGAAACGAAAUAUCUAA